AUGGAUAUGGAUCAUUCUACCAUGCACAUGGGCAUGACUGGCACCCCGACCGCCAUGUCCAUGCCAACCUCAACUGCCGACAGCCACAGCCACGGCCACGACAUGGAGGGCAUGGGCAACGGAUGCAAGAUUUCCAUGCUCUUCAACCUCAACACCGUCGGCUCAUGCUUCCUCUCGUCCGAAUGGCAAAUCACAUCCACCGGCAUGUUCGCCGGCUCCUGCAUCGGCGUCUUCCUCCUCGGCAUGGUCCUCGAGUUCCUCCGCCGCUCCAUCAAGGAAUACGACAGAUUUCUCGUCCGCCAGCACGUAUCCAAGUUCCAGUCCUCGGCUAGCCCUGCCGCCGCAGCAGCCACCGGUUCCGUCGGCAGCAAGGAGGGCGCGGCCAUCACCUCGUGCGCCGUGGUCCCUCCGUUUCGACCAAACGUGUUGCAGCAGGGCAUCCGGGCGUUUUUGCACCUGCUAGCCUUUGUCGUUGCCUACAUUCUGAUGCUGUUGGCCAUGUACUACAACGGCUACAUCAUCCUGUGCAUCUUCCUCGGCUCAUUCUUCGGCGCCUUUAUCUUCCAGUGGGAAACUCUUCCCCUCGGGUACGUCCUUUCCUCCUCUACACAAUCUGCAUGCGCUCCGUCACUUCCCAUGACUUACACCAAACUCGGCAGCGGUCAACAAACGAGCGCCGCCCAGGAAGCCACCGUCUGCUGCGGGUAA